GCCCCCGAUUCCGCCUUAUUCUCCCCCAAUGCCCUAGUGGUCCUCCGCCCGUGAACAUAACCGAGUCCAACUCCGAAGUUCGAGUCGGGCCCACGACCAACCUACUCCGCUCGUCGUCCAAAUAAGUGCAUCGAGCGAGCACAAAACUGAACUCCGGCACCGGAGAAGAGCAGGGACAAAAAAAUAGCAGCCAUGUACGACGUGGCGAACGGCCUGCGCUACUGCAAGGGCUGCCGCCGCGUAACCACGGUUACGGUCGACCCCGCCUCCGGCGACACCGUCUGCACCGAGUGCUCGCUCGUCCUGAACGAGCGCUACGUCGAGGAAUCCACCGAGUGGCGCAGCUUCCUCAACCACGGGGCACCCUCCGACGAGUCCCGCAGCCGCGUCGGCGACCCCGCCGACCAUUUCUUCACCAACCUUCAGUUCGGCAACGCCGUCGCUGGCCCAGCCCCGGGCAACGCGCAGACCAACAAGGCUUUACCGAGGAUGAGAGGCAGUAGCGCUGGUGGUUCGGGCGUCGCCAUGCCGAAGACGCGGGGCGCGGCAGAAAUGUACGACGUGGCGCACAGCUUGCACUACUGCAAGGGCUGCCGCCGCGUGACCGCGAUUACGGUCGACCCCUCCUCCGGCGACACCGUCUGCACCGAGUGCUCGUUGGUCCUGAACGAGCGCUACGUCGACGAGUCCUUCGAGUGGCGCACCUUCCUCAACCACGGGGCACCCGCGGACGAGUCCCGCAGACGCGUCGGCGACCCCAUCGCCGGCCCAGCCCCGGGCGACGCGCAGACCAACACGGCGUUACCGAGGAAGAGAGGCGGUGGCGCUGGUGGUUCCUGCGUCGCCAAGCCGAAGACGCGGGGCGCGGCAGCAACGGCGGCCCUGGAUAGGGCGCUCGCCGACGCGUUCCAUGCCAUGGACGGCAUGGCCGAGCGGCUUGGGCUCGCGACGACCGUCAAGGACCGCGCCAAGGACGUGCUGAGGAAGCUGGAGGUCGCCAAGGUGUUUCGCAAGGGGGGCAAGUGCCGGAACCGCCAGGCGCUCUACGCGGCCUGCCUCCUCAUGGCGUGCCGCGGCGAGGGCACGCAGCUGACGUUCAAGGAGCUGGCGUCCGUGACGGGGGACAGCGCCACGGCGGGGAUCAAGGACACCGGCAGGCUCGUCAUGCUCAUCAGGAACCACCUCGGGGAUCAGGAAGGAUCAGGAUCGGCGCUGGAGAUGGGCGCCGUGGUGCGGGCCGGCGACUACCUGCACCGCUUCGGCUCGCUGCUCGGGAUGGGGCAAGAGGAGCUGCACGCGGCGCAGCAGGCGGCGCGGAGGCUGGAGAAGGACCUGGACGUGAGGCGCAACCCUGGCUCCAUCGCGGCGGCCGUCAUCUACAUGGCGGUGGAGCGCGCCAACGCCGGGAAAUCCAUCCGGGACGUGUCCACGGCCACCGGCGUCGGUGAGGUGACCAUCAGAGACGUGUACAACAAGGACCUCAGCCCACACGCCGACCUGCUAUUCGGUUAGUUACUUAUGCCGCGCGCAGGCCUUGGUUCAAAGCAGGUCGAGCUUGGAGCCUUGGGCCCUUGGGGACAAUGGAACAGACAUUUGCUCCAUAUAUUUUCCGUAUUAAUUCAUCCUUGGCAUGUGAUUUGACAUGUACGAAUUCAGUUUUUUCUUCUCUUUUUUUACAACCUGUAAGUACUCAACUACUCAUGACUCAUGAAUGAUCAAGAUGAAUAUGAUUGUCUUGGCACUUGGCUAUAUAUAUUCUCGAAAA